UAUAAGAAGGAAUUGCAAGAAGUUUAUAUUAUAUUUAUAAAAAAAUACGAUGAGUUCUUUUAACUAUAUACUGCUUCUGUUUUCUUGUCUACGAGUUUUCCUCGAGGCUGCCGAAUUGGCAAGUAAUGACAAUGGAGAAGCCUGGAACAAUUCAUUUUUAGAUGACCCCUCUCUCAUUCCUCUCUUCCGAUUUGAAGAGAAAGGUUAUUAUGUUCCUAAACUUAAGUUCACAUUUAUCGAAGCAUACCAGUUUUGUAAAAAUAUUCGUAUGAAUCUGGUAACGAUUAAAUCAUCCCAAGAACUUGACGCAAUGACGCAGUUUGUUAAACAGACAAGCAAAGAGCAAAUCUUCUGGACUUCUGGCUCCAGACUAGUAGACAACAAAAACUGGAUUUGGAUGACGACGAUGGAAAUUGUGGAAUAUACAAAAUGGAGCGACGGACAACCUGAUUUUUUAGUUGAACAAUGCCUCGAAUUGUGGUUUACCGGCAAAAAGGAACUGUAUUUUAAUAACAGAGACUGCAAUGCGAAGCAAGCCAUUAUCUGCGAAACACAUAAACAAACAAAAAGCUUAUCUACCUUGGAAAACCCGUACUUACAUCCCAAUAUUAAUUUACUACAUUCCCAAGGGAAAAGUUAUUAUUUUGGCACAGAUUUUAGGGCCAGUUUCCUUCAAGCUAGCCAGUUCUGCGAAGCAAUUCAAAUGAAAUUAGUGUCCAUCAACUCGGAGACAGAAAACAAGGAAUUGCAUAAAUAUGCCCGAGACACACUUGCGGCGGGUAAUUUUUGGUCCUCUGGAUUCAAAUUUAAUACUGGCAAGAAGCUAGCGUGGCUAUCAACUGGACGAACUAUGGAAUAUACGAAUUGGCUUCCUGGUCAACCAGGCAACAUUAACGAACUGUGCGUGGAGUUGGUGCACAAAAGAAAUGAAGGGUUGUUUUGGAAUGAUCUCAAUUGCGACGUAAAACUUUUCUUUAUUUGCGAGCGAUACGAUUCCCUUCAUGGUGCUGAUUCCGUUUUUAAAACAAAGUCAUACUCUAGUCAGUUAGUUCAAAAUCCUGAUAGUUUAUCUCCUUCAAGGAGCCUGUAUGUAUCUCCAAAUGUUAACUUACUACGUUUCAGAGGAAAAAAUUAUUAUUUUAGUACUUUUAAGGAGACAUUUUUUGAAGCUAGCGAGUUCUGUGGAAUGAUUGGCAUGACAUUAGUUUCAAUCAACUCGGAGGUAGAAAAUAAAAUUUUGUACAAACACAUUAGAGAUACAGUUGCAGGAGACCACUUUUGGACAUCCGGCUGUAGACUUCUUAAUGGAAAAAAUUUGGUUUGGCUCUCAACAGGAAGAACUGUAGAAUAUACCAAUUGGCUUCCAGGUCAACCAGAUAACGUAAACGAAAUGUGUAUAGAGCUUGUACUGAAUAGAAACGAAGGAUUAUUUUGGAACGAUUUCAAUUGUGAAGUUAAAAUUUUCUUUAUUUGUGAGCGGUAUGAAGACAAUUUAUUGCAUGGCAAUGAAUCUAUAUUUGAACCAAGACCAACUGUUACUCCUUUUAUUGAAUUUGGAGAUUAUACUGAUCAAUACCCAGAAAACCCCUUACUGCCUUUGACGAUUGCUGGUGGAAACAAAGUUCGGAUCAGCAAAUUUAAAGCAACUCAACGAAAAGCCUCCCAAACAUGCAGACAGUAUGGAAUGGAAUUGUUUAGUAUACCUAAUGAAGCCAAGAAUGAUAUUGUCACCGACAUGAUUAACCUACGUGGUUCUAAUGACUACUACUGGACGUCUGGUGUAAAACAGUCCAAUAAGUGGACAUGGUCGAAACUUCAACCCAUUGUUUACACCAACUGGUACGAUCAAGAACCAAAGAGCGGAGAUAAUCAAUUUUGUCUUCAGUUGUAUCCCGGUGGCCAAUGGGGCGCCUUGAACUGUGAAAGCGAACUUCUUUUCAUCUGUGAAAGUCGCAAUGCAGAAAGUUCUAGUUACUGUGAAUCACAACCGACUCCGGCAAUAAAUAUUUUUUUCAACAAAGAACAGGGGACUGCUACAAAUGGAUCAAAGAUAGAUUGUUCAUGUAAGGGAGGUACUUCCGAUGAUGAUGAUCCUUCUAAGUUGAUUGAACCCCGCAUUGGCGCUAAUUAGUCAUAUACUUGUUAAUUAGAACAAAUAUCUUGACUGAAACUGCAAUAAUUAAACUGUUUUUAAAUUUA